GAACGUAGUAGUCGAGUGGAAAAGUGGCACGCUGGCCUAUGCACUAACCCUUCAAAAUCCAUUCGAUCAAUACGGAAACCUGCUAAUGACCGUAAUGUCAACCAUGCUGAACAACCACGACGACAGCGGACGUCUCCUUGAGACCGCUGCGAAGACGCUUGCCACCCAUAAUGCCACAUCACCCACGGGCUUGGCUGAAAAAAACCGUGAUCGGAACGACCACCGAAACCAACCUCGACGCCACCACCGAAACGGUCGUCGAGGCGACCAAGACGAUCACCACGGCAACAGGCACCAUGACUCCGACGACGAUGAUCCUCACGACGAUGAUCCUCACGACGAUGAUCCUCACGACGAUGAUCCUCACGACGAUGAUCCUCACGACAAUGAUCCUCACGACAAUGAUCCUCACGACGAUGAUCCUCACGACGAUGAUCCUCACGACGAUGAUCCCGUGCAAGAAGCCGAAUCCUGGCAACAAGACGAUUCUUGGCUGGGGGAGGCCAAGGUGCAUGAUUCGGAGGGCUCACAGCUGGAUUUGUUGCAGUCUAUUCGUAUCCAGGCAUUGUUGCCCGGAGAGUGUUUGGGAUCCGGAACUCCUCUGGGCACGACAUGGGCGGUGACGUACAUGCGGUUAAAUUAUACGGCGGACAAGGACUGUCGGGCUCUGACUAGCUGCACAGACUGCUUGAACUCCGGUUGUGAUUGGUGCAGUUGGCCGGCCAGCGAGGAAGCACUGCCCAAUUGGGUGCCCGACUACGAAUGGACGCAAGAGGCGUUCAGGAUCGGAGAUGGUCGCUGCGGGAUCCAUCCACGUAUAUGCAGAAAGACCUUCGGUACUAUUAACACCUGCCAGACCACCCAGGCCGAACCACUCCAACUUGUCUGGCCUAUCAUCAGCGUCAUGGUCCCUUUCAUGGUCCUUUGGCUGCUCCAUUGCAAACGCUAA